GUCUGCAAAGUGGUUGAUGCUUGGCUCAGUUUAGCACGUCCUCUUGAGCUGUGGUACCUUUAGUGAGGCUGAGUUACUCCUAGCAAAAAACUGCUGAAUUAUGAAGAGCGCCACGGCAACAAGACCCUCUCGUGCUGCUUGGACUCGUCUUGGUUUUGUCCGGGUUUCUAUUUUCUGGUUCACCUUAGCGGUCAGCAUUUCUGUGAGUCAGUGUAGGCAGCUGGACACCGAACCAAAGGUGUCUAGGACCUGUGGUGAAAAUGUGACCCUGACUUGCAAUGCCAGCGUAGCAAUGCUGAAGGAUUCAAAGAUAGUCAAAUUUGACUGGCAACACAAAAAUACAACACUGUGCCAGUACACGAACAAUACAUCUACCGACAAGAUUCAGUGCAACUUCACAAACACAACGUCUCAACUCACUCUCUCUCUGACCAUCAUCGACAUCACCCCGUCCGAUGAAGGAGUCUACCACUGCAAACUACACUCAGUAGGUGGAAGCGCGAAUGGGCAGAGCCAUCUGAGAGUUGGAGACUGCUUUAGAAAGCCUGGCAAGGAUAUUCCCUCUGAUAAAUGCUCCUUUGAAGAAGUUUACCCUAUUGCUGACAUCCACUGGUUCCAGGGAGACGUAAAUCUUACAGGUGGCACCGAAACAAAACAAAACGUGGACGACAAAGGAUAUUUCACUGUCGAGAGUACAGCUCCCACAGAGAAAGGGAACCAGAGGCAGCCUUAUAACUGCUCACUGUGGAUGCCUUCUCUCAACAAGUACAUCUCCAGUCGCAUGGUUUCAUCAGGGAGCACAACCCAACAACUCCAACUCCACAACCCAACAAAUCCCCAUCAUAAUGCAGAACUCCAGUGGAUCUGCAUUAUGAUGGGAAUCUUGAUGAAGAUUAUUAUCAUGUAAAAAUGCAGGCCCUUUGACUAUUUCGUUUGGGAUUUUUGUUCAUUUUUAUGUUCAGGUGUGAAUAGAGGGGGCAAACAGCUUCUUAUUUGAUUUAUUAAUUUGUUUUCUGGAAGCAAAGUAGAAAUCCCAUGUAAAAAGAAAGAAUGAUGUAGUUUUGACUGGCUCAAAAUCUGAAGUAGAUACACUUCAAACUUAACAGACUUUUAUUUGUAACAUGGCUUUCCACUGGGUGGCGCUACUGCUUUAUUGUUCUGUACUAUAAACAAGAUGCGAGAAUUAUUACUUUUAGAUAGUUUUCAGUUUUUUGGGGUGGUAUUUUAUAUACCAUGUGUGAAAAAAAUAUUUCCAAACACCGUACACUGAUGUGAGAAAGUAUUUACUCCCCUCUCUUUGUUAAUCCAAGAGGCUUCACCUCAUCCGUUCAAAGUAAAUUGAAAGACAAAAGAAAAAAAGAAAAUCUGAUUUUCAUAAGUUGAUUCUAUUGAUUAAGAAUCAACUUAUGAAAAUCAAAAAUGGCUGAAACGAGAAUUGUGUCAAAAAAACUAAAGCAGAUAAAUCCAGUAAGAGAACAAUACAAUUGGCAUGGCAAUUCACCUUUUAGCCACCAGGAGGCAGUGUUUCUGAUAAAUUUGGCUCAGGGACAUAAAAUACCUAACAGAUUCAAGAUCACUCAUGCUCAAAUAGAUUUCUUGGUUAUUUUUUCUUUGUGGUAGUUAUCAGUGCUUAAAGGUGAACUAUGUAAGUUUUAUUAAUUAAUUAUUAUUUUUUUCCUUUUACAUAUUUUUAUGGUAUGAGACCAUUUUAUGGUAUGAGA